AUUUAUUGAAGUAGGUGCCGGGCACAAGUCGUAAGCGGAGCUCCAGAUACAUUUCAUUCAAUUGAGUCGGGUACAAGAAAGAAAGCUUCCAACACAACUUGUCAUCUUCAAUUCGUCCACGAAUCCCAUAUAAUUUUCUUCCACAACCAUCGAAGAGUUUGACAAUCCCGUAUUCUUCUGUAGAUGAAAAAGUUGUAGGCUAUGGCAUUGUCGUCAAGUUCUCUGAUUCGUCGAAUUGUUCCGUUUUUCACCACUCGGAUUCACCAAAAUUACCGCCUUUUGAAUUCUUCUGCUUCUUCUGCUCUAUCCCAACCCGAAUCCCAAUCCCAAUCCCAAUCCCAACCCGAUGCUCCCGAUUCUGUUUUAAUGACCGAAAGCUGCGUUCGUAGGAUGAAAGAGUUGCAAGCUGGCGAACAUAAAGAGAAGAUGCUUCGUUUGAGUGUUGAAGCUGGUGGUUGUUCAGGGUUUCAAUAUGAAUUCUCUCUAGAUGAUAAGACCAAUUCUGAUGACAGAAUUUUUGAGCGCGACGGAGUUAAAUUGGUCGUGGAUAAUGUAUCAUAUGAUUUCGUCAAAGGUGCAACUGUUGAUUAUGUUGAGGAGCUGAUUCGCUCUGCUUUUCAGGUGUCUACCAAUCCUAGUGCAGUGGGUGGGUGCAGUUGUAAAAGUUCAUUUAUGGUGAAGCAGUAAAAUGGCACUUCAGUAACAUUCAGCCAAAUAAUCGGCAUUCCAAUGAGCAGGACACGGUUUUCUGCAGCCAUAUGACACUUUUAUAUUAAUCCUUCUGGUGUCUAAUUAUCUAUUUAUCAUAUACUUCUACCUUUUGUGGUAGCAAGACCUGCAUUAUGAGGCAUUUUUCCGAAUUUGUACUCAAGAGAUCAUAGGUUCUUUAUUGUACAUGUCAAUUCUUUUGUCUUGUUGGAGCUAGUUGGAGGGCAGAAUGUAAUUCUUAACUAGGCAGGCAGACAGGCUGUUGUAUUUUAGGCAAUAAUUCCAGUUGAAGAGAUGCUAUUCAGUUUUGGCUGUAGGCAUUUGACAAGGAAUCUUGAAGUGAAGACGCUUCAAUCAGAACACAUCUGACUCACGGCAUUCCCUAUAGCUAUUGUUGUGAAGGUCCUGAGAGCAUGUGGUAGAAGCAUAUUAGAAAGUGUCGCCAUCCACUAUGGUAGAAAAGUUUGAUCAAACAAAGCUUUACUUGCUUUAUUUUUCUGUAUGAUGCUUGAAAUCUAUGUUCAUGUUGAUGGAACUCACUCUUGUUGAUGCAACAAUGCUCAGAGAUGGUCUAAAAGUGGUACCAAAGAUUGGGGAAAUGCCAAUAUGAAGGAGCUACUUACACCAAAGCUAGUAAUUGUUGACUGCACAACUUCAAAAAUGUUUCAUUUUGAUACCACUA